GCUCUUUUUGCCCUUUCCACCAUCUCCACAAUCCUUUUACCUCUGAAAUCCCAUGAAACCUAAAAACCAUCAAAAACAAUGUCUACACUCAACCUCCUCUUAUGCUUAACUCUCUCACUCCACCCACUCCUUACUCUCUCUCUAUGCCGCACUUCCUGCGGCAGCAUCACCGUGAACUACCCGUUCGGAGUGGACGACGGCUGCGGCGCCCCACAGUACCGGAAAAUGCUGAACUGCUCAACCGACCUCUUCUUCCAAACUCCCUCCGGUAACUACAAAGUCCAGUCCAUCGACUACGAGAAGAAGAAAAUGGUUAUCUACGACCCGGCCAUGUCCACCUGCUCCAUUCUACAACCUCACCACGACUUCAUCAUGUCCGACAUUCAGUCCGCCAUCAUUCCUCCGUCUCCGGACACAGUCUUCGCCCUCAUGAACUGCUCCAUCGACUCCCCGGUGCUCAACCACUACAAAUCUCUCUGCUUCAACUUCUCCGGCCACUCGUGUGACGAGCUGUACGGAGCAUGCACUUCGUUCCGGCUGUUUCAUCUCGUGUCCAACACUUCUUCGCCGGCUUGUUGCUUUACUGGGUAUGAUACUGUGAGGUAUAUGAGCAUGAAUAUCUUGGAUUGUACUCACUACACCACUGUUUAUGAUAGUGAUGGUUUGAAGGGCAUUGCACCAGUGGACUGGUUGUAUGGGAUCAAGUUGUCCUAUAGUAUGCCGGAUACUGGGUGUGACCGCUGCACCAAGUCCGGUGGCGCGUGCGGGUAUGAUGUUGAGACUGAAGGGAUGCACUGCAUAUGUUCGAGCACCAUGAAUUCUACCAGAGAAUGUGCUGCAGGUAGUGUGGCAAACUUAGGGAAGAGCCAUACAGUAGCAUCUUUAUCACUAGAGACAUUGGUUUUGGUUUGGGGUGCAGUUCUUUGUAUAAUUUUGUAGUGAUGCCUCUUUGUAUGUAGCUAAUGAUGAUUGUGUUUCGAGAUCUGAUGAAUAUGUUAACAGAUUUUGCAUC